AGUGACGUUCCCCGUUUUGAACCGCAUAACUAGGCAGCACGGAACGGAAGAAACAAGGCUGUCCCGGCAAGCAGUCCAAGAAAGGCAAAUCCCCCGCGUGCGCGCUCUCCUCCUGCCGCGUCCCCUCCACCUCCAGGCUCCAGCAGCCGCAGCUUCGCUUCCAAGCAACUUUCUCCCUUGCUCCUCACGCGCCAUUGCUUUCGUUUAUAAACGCGGGGAUAAACGAAACGAAAGGGAAACACACGCGGUUCGCUCGCCUCGGUCUCUCCUCACAGCCUCCCAUUUCCUAAUUCCCCCCCCUCCCGCGUAUCUCUGUUAUCUCGGCUGCCACCGCCAACACAACAGAGCACCAGCAGCUAGCAGCAAUGGCGCGCCUGGCCACCAUCCUCAGCUUCGGAGACCACGCCCAGGCCCAGCUCCCACACCCACAGCAGCAGACCCCGCCGCCUGCGCCGGAGGAGGAAGAAGAAGAAGAAGAACGAGACCUGUUCGACGAUGCCGCGUCCGACGGCAGCGCCGACAGCUUCGAGUUCGCCUUCGCGCCGCCGCUCACGGCCGACGGGGCCUCCUUGCCCGCGCCGGCGCCGGCGGACGACAUCUUCGCGCACGGCCGCAUCCUCCCGGCCUACCCCGUCUUCUCUUUCAACAGCGAAGAAGACGACGCGCGCGGCGGCCCGGCGUUCUCUGCCACGGCGCCGCCCUCGCCGGACACGUGCUGCGCGUGGGCGCCGCGGUCGGCGCCGGGCUCGCCCGCCAGGGAACGCGCCUUCCCCAAGAGCGCCUCCACGGGCCAGAAGACGGUUUCAUUUUCGACGGCGGCGUCCCCCGGCCGGUUCCGGCUGCGGGACCUCCUGGGAAGCAACGGCAGGUCGCACAGCGACGGGAAGGACAAGUUCCUCUUCAUCCAGCCCAAGCCCAAGCCCGCCGCCGCCGCCGCCCAGGCCGCGCCGGCGCCCAAGAAGAAGAAGAAGCAGGGCGGCAACGGAGAUGGCGGCAACAAGAAGAAAGCAGCGACGGAGAUGGACAUGGCCACGGCGCACAGGCUCUUCUACAGCAAGCCCGGCGGCCCGCAGCAGCACGCGCAGGCGCUGCCCUACCGGACGGGCAUCGUUGGCUUCUUCGCCGCCGCGCACGCCCUCCGCCGCCCGCAACACAACCAUCCUUACUAGAUCCCGGCGACCGUCACAAGGAUUUGUUUUCCGUUAAUUCGUUGGAUUUCUUUAAUUCUUUCUUUGGCUGGGUCCGAUCGUCAGAUUCGGUCAAGAAGUGCAUGCGGGCCGUGAAUAUAAAAACUUCGCAAGCUUUCUUUCUGACUCCGAUGGAGAACUCGUCAAAUUUUGGCCGUAAUUUCUCUCCGUCCGAAUUGAUCCCGUAAAAAUGAGUUGACUGGUUGAUUAACCUGACCGAGCCCAAUACAAGUCGGUACUAAGAUUAUCGGAUAA